AUUUGAGCUGUCAAAAUGUUAAAUUGACCAGCUGAAAGGAGAAAUUUUUUGAAGAUUGUGCCUUAUCAAUAAAAAAGAUGACAGUUCAACGCCAGUAAUAUUCGAUUAGUUAAGGAAUAUUAACGUGUAUUCUUAUCGGUUAAUAGUACUCGGGGUUCUUUUGUUUUAAUGCUGAAAUAAAACGACGGUGUUUGUGUUUCUAUUGAAAAUAAAUUGGUCUAACUAAAUUUGUUAAACAUAUUUCUAUAAUGAGCGAAGAAUCUUUAAAGAAGAAACAGAAGACGUGCCUUCAAGUUGCAACAAAUGUUUCUGAGCAAAAACACAAUGUAACCCGAGAGUUAAGGGGCAAUAGCUUAGGCUUAUGUCGUGGCUUCCGAGGAUGCACCAUUUGGCUUACUGGUCUAAGCGGUGCUGGUAAAACAUCCAUUGCAUUUGAGUUAGAAGCUUACCUAGUAUUACGUGGCAUCCCAGCAUAUGGACUUGAUGGUGACAACAUACGCACGGGAUUAAAUAAAAAUUUAAGUUUCACACCAGCUGAUCGUCAAGAAAACAUUCGAAGGGUAGGGGAGGUAGCAAAAUUAUUUGCUGACAGUGGAGUAAUUGCAAUUUGCAGUUUCGUGUCACCGUUUGCUGAAGAUCGCGAUUUAGUUAGGAAAAUUCAUAAAGAAGCCGAUUUAAAAUUUUACGAAGUUUUUGUGGAUACUCCAUUGUCGGUAUGCGAGUCUCGUGAUGUAAAGGGACUUUACAAGAAAGCACGAGAAGGUGUUAUAAAGGGAUUCACUGGAAUAACACAGGAUUAUGAAAAACCUGUACAACCUGAAAUUGUUAUUAACACUGCCGGAUUUACUAUAAAAGAAUCUACACAGUUAGUUAUAAAUCUUCUGCAAGAAGAAGGGAUCAUUCCAAAAAGUAAGGCAAACUCAAAUGAAAUCGAAGAACUUUUUGUAGAACCAAAACUAAAAGAAUCACUUCUGCAUGAAGCCAAAUCAUUACAUUCGAUCGCUUUAACCGAAAUAGAUCUUCAGUGGGUUCAAGUCUUAUCCGAAGGAUGGGCACAUCCGCUAAAAGGCUUUAUGAGAGAAGAUAUUUUUUUGCAAACCAUACAUUUCAAUUCAAUUGCUACUGAUGACGCCACAACUCGUAAAAACCAGUCAAUUCCAAUUGUUUUAGCUGUUACAGAGGAUAUAAAAAAUAAACUAGAUGGUGUAUCGUCUGUGGCGCUUACAUAUAAAGACAAACCGGUGGCCAUUUUGCGUAAGCCAGAGUUUUAUUAUCAACGUAAAGAGGAGAGAGUAUCACGCCAAUUUGGCACAAGUCAUGAGGACCAUCCAUAUAUCAAGAUUAUAGCUAAGGGUGGAGACUAUUUGGUCGGUGGAGACUUGGAAGUUUUAGAACGUAUACGUUGGAAUGAUGGAUUAGAUCAAUACAGAUUAACACCAAAUGAAUUGCGAACAAAAUUCAAAGAAAUGGGAGCAGACGCAAUCUUUGCAUUUCAAUUAAGAAAUCCAAUUCAUAAUGGUCACGCACUACUAAUGCAAGAUACGAAACGGCAACUAAUUGAAAGGGGAUUUAAGAAACCAGUUUUAUUGCUACAUCCUCUUGGUGGCUGGACAAAAGAUGACGAUGUCCCCUUGCCCGUAAGAAUUGCUCAGCACCAAGCAGUGCUUGAUUCUGGUGUUUUAAAAGCAGCAGAUACUGUAUUAGCUAUUUUCCCCUCACCAAUGCUGUACGCUGGGCCAACUGAAGUGCAAUGGCAUGCUAAAGCAAGAAUGAAUGCCGGUGCAAAUUUUUACAUUGUUGGUCGAGACCCAGCAGGUGUACCACAUCCUAAUAAAACACUUUACCCUGAUGGCAAUCUUUUUGAUGCGACACACGGUGCACGAGUGCUAAAAAUGGCACCCGGUUUAGAUAAUAUAGAGAUAUUACCCUUCCGAGUUGCUGCUUAUGACAAAAGCAAUUCAAAAAUGGCCUUCUUUGAUCCAAGCCGUAAAGAUGAUUUCGAGUUUAUAUCAGGUACCAAAAUGCGUACGUUAGCUAGAACGGGACAGUUACCGCCUAAUGGAUUCAUGGUGCCGGAAGCGUGGAAAAUAUUAUCCGAAUAUUAUCAGACGUUAUCAAACCAGUAAGGAUUGUUUAUAAACAAAUAUUAGUAAAUUAUACAAAUUAUAUAACACAAACAUAUGUAUAUAUAUAUAUAUGUAUGUGCGUUUAGAUACCCUCAAUGUGUUUUAAUAGUUUUAAAUUAUUCUUUGAAAAUGUCAAUACUUUUAAACUAAAUUAUUUUAUAGUAAAAAGGCUUAAAUUAUUUAUACUUCUAUGUCUAAAUGCUAACUUUUAUGAUUGUAAAUCAUAUCGUAAUAAGUCUACCAGUGACAAAAUUUGAAUGCCUUUAGUAAUAUUGCCAGAAAAAUAACUAUAACGCAUUUGUUAAUGUUAAUUUACUUUUUAUUUGCUUACUCUGUAUAACAGAAUUAUGUGAUUGAAAGUGGUUUCUUUUAAAUUGGAAUACUUGGCAGCUAAAUCUACUGAUUUGUAUUUUUUAUAUUAAUGCAUAUGUACUUGGUCUUUAGUUAUAAGUCAUAAUGUUUGUUAGAUUAUGUGGUAAGCUCAAAUAUAUUAACAUUUUUUUCCAUUAUUUUGUGCCUUCUUCAUUUGUUAUAUUUUUUUUGUAUUAAUAAAUAAAAAAAGCGUAAUCUUAUGCCGCGCAAACAAAAAUUUGCUUUUGCUUGUUACCUACUAACGGUAUUACAAUCUCAACGUGUGUCUCUAAAAUAUGUAAAAUGUGUUAAACUUGUUUUUAGAAGAAAAAGGUAAGUUAUAUAAAUAGCUUGACACUUUCUUGCCAAUGUAAACAUAAUGAAAGGCUAACUAUGUAAGUAUGUAUUUAAACAUA